AUGAUACUGGGCGGUCGAAGUGUGGUUGCGUCGAGAGGAUUUUUGUUAUCCGUUACUCGAUUUGUUAUGGGCUGUGCUGCAAGUCAGGAGAACUCCAUCGCCACCGUGUCAUCAUCUUCAAACACCACAACAACGUCAACCAGCAACAAUUCACAAAAAUGGGCGAUCUCUCGGGCUCCGCAAGGGUCUCAACCGAUCAAUAAAAAUCUGACACAGGUUGCCGCGAUACAUACUUCAUCGAUGGAUUCCGGAAGCUCAACGGUGCAAUUCCCAUCUCCUCGUGGUAGUCUGACGACUGCUGUUUCUUCUUCAUCAUCUGGAGCUCAACGAAAAAUGUCGGCAGACUCGGAGAGAAGUUUGCACACAAGACCUUUGACGGAUACGGCUGUCAUCCACAAAACUCAGACGUCAACAAUGAGUACUGGAGCCGGAGAUUCCCCUGCAUACCAAGCCAUUGAGCGAGGAUCGCUAUACAGCUUGGAUUACAGAGUGUUCAUAAAGGGGCCUCAAGGAAUCGUUUCCCCAUGGCACGAUAUCCCAUUGUUUGCCGAUAAAGAUAAAUCCAUCUACAAUAUGAUUGUUGAAAUUCCUCGCUGGACAAAUGCUAAGAUGGAAAUGGCUACCAAAGAACCAUUCUCGCCGAUCAAGCAAGACGAGAAGAAAGGUGUUGCUCGCUUUGUUCAUAACAUCUUCCCUCAUAAAGGAUACAUCUGGAACUACGGAGCUCUUCCACAAACCUGGGAAGACCCCAAUCAUGUUGUCCCAGACACUGGAGCUAAAGGAGACAACGAUCCUAUCGAUGUUAUCGAAAUUGGAUCGAAAGUUGCGGGACGUGGAGCCGUACUCCAGGUGAAAGUACUCGGAACACUUGCUCUCAUUGACGAGGGAGAAACUGAUUGGAAGCUGGUAGCCAUCGACGUCAACGAUGAGAACGCUGAUCAACUCAACGAUAUCAGCGACGUCGAGAAAGUUUAUCCUGGGUUGUUGACGGCUACUGUUGAAUGGUUCCGCAACUACAAAAUCCCAGCUGGAAAACCAGCCAAUGAGUUCGCCUUCAAUGGAGACUACAAAAACCGCGAUUACGCCAAUAAAGUCAUUGGUGAGACGAACGAGUUCUGGAAAGCACUGAUGAAGGAAGCUUCUCCGGCUCUCAACACCAUUUCUCAUGUCCCAGAAGCAGUUCACCAAGCUACCGAUGAAGCUGUUACUGCUGCUGUCGAAUCGACUCCAGAACAUGGCGCUUCUGCUGCUCUCCCAGGAGACGUUGAUAAGUGGCAUUUCGUUCAAGGAUGA